AUGCGCUUGCUGUUCUUAUUCUUUGCAUUCUAUCUUGCCAGAUUAGAUGCUGCAAGCCCGGCGACGUUCCCCGCCCACAUAGGCAAAGAAAGACUCGCCACAAACGCCGUUUACACCGGGAGGUGCACCACAAGUAUCGACAAAAAGGUCACCCCCGUUGCCACCUUUAAGCUUACUAUUAAUACGCAUUCAGUUAACAUUAUCAAGCGAGGGUAUGACAGUACAAGCCACAUAGGCGUUAUGAUAAAUAAUCCCAACCCUAGCACUGCACCCAAACCCCUCCUCUUCGCUGCGGGAGGCUUUGGAUCCACUCAAUUUGGAGGCUCUGCAGCGGCGUUUCUGUACAAGCCUGGCCCAGUCUUCUUUGCCCUGUCAGAGGGAAACACCCACUACAUUCUAGACUAUGACUUCGUAAAGCAUGACUACGUUGCAACAGACAAGGGAGGCCAGUCAUGGUAUAGCUUGGCAGAACCUACGCUUCGGGCCCAUUGGCCAAAGUUUAAUGGCAAGCCCUAUGGCCCCAGGCCGGCUGAGCGGUUUAUAGUUGUCAUCGCUUUAUCUGUGGCAGCUACCAUGAAAGAAGGUACACAGGUGGAACAGUUGCAGCAAGCAAUAACUCAAAAUUACCAAGGUGUUGUAGAUAACUUUGUAUUGAUUCCGGGUACCUCUACUUUGGGGAGUUCUACCGUUUGUUCUGUCUCAUUGUUCGUGGAUUACGAUAUCUACUGGGAUGUGUGGGUGCUGGUGUUGUCUAUUUCUGUCUCUGUUAUUGCUAUUACACUGGUAAGUGUAUUUAAGUGUUGUCCAUGUGCUUCUGUGAAGCGUAUCUACUACAAACAACAAUCCAAGGGACACAGCUCUGAUGGGUCUAUUACAGCUGAGCCAACUGACGCACCGUUGGACCCAAUAGCAUCAGAAGAUACACUAGGGUUAGCAGACGACUCUGUUGACGCUAGUGGCAAAAUGAAUGCUUUAUGA